AUGGCACAAGGAGGUUACCCAAAUGUUAUAUACUUAUCGCAAAAAAUAGCAUUGGUAACUGUCACAGCGACUUUUCCGGGUAUCACAGUCCUCAAAAACAGCAGGAAAGAUAAAUAUUACGUUGUUGAUGUUGGAUAUCCAAAUACUAGUGGUUAUCUUGCUCCAUAUAAAGGAACCGACAUUUGUUAUCAUAUACUAGAUUUUUGUCGUGGAAAAACAGUUGCUAGUCAUGCUCCUAGAGGACCUAAAGAGGUAUUUAACUACCAUCAUUCAUCAUUGAGAAAUGUCAUUGAACGAACUUUUGGAGUAUGGAAGGCUAGAUGGGAGAUAUUACAACAUAUGCAUGUCAAUUACACCUACGAGACACAAGUAAAGAUUGUUCUAGCAUCUAUGACAAUUCAUAAUUAUAUUAGAAAAAAAGAUACAUGUGAUGAAGGAUUUAACAAGGCGCAACAAGAAUCUUACACUCCAAAUAAUGGUAUUGAUAGUCGAGGAUCUAGUGACAUUAAUGAAAUAAAUGAAGACACAAGUACACAACGUAGAAUAGAUGAUUUAUACAUGAGUGCAGUUAGAGAUAUGAUUGCAGUAGAUCUAACCAAAGCAAGAUAA